AUGGGCCCCCAGCACCACAGUCUCCUCGCACUCUUGCUGUUGCUGGAGGUUUCAUCGUGCCUCGGUGAGGAGCGGGAGCUCUGUAGUCCCGGCUUUGGCGCCGAGAGCUACACGUUCAAGGCUCCCCGGCGGCUCCUGGAGAGAGGUCGCGUUCUGGGCAAAGUGAGUUUUGAAGGAUGCACUGGCCGACCAAGGACAGUUUAUUAUUCAGAUGACACCCGAUUCAAAGUGGCCACAGAUGGUGUUGUCACAGUCAAACGACCCCUACAACUUCAUAAUCCAGAAAUCAGCUUUCUGGUCCAUGCCUGGGAUUCCACCCGCAGGAAGUUCUCCACUAAAGUGACACUGAAGAUCCCUGCGCACCACCACCACCAACGGCAGCAUGACUCUAUCUCUGGACCCCAAACAGAAGUGCGCAUGUUUCCCAACUUCCACCAUGGGGGCCUCCGAAGACAGAAGAGAGACUGGGUUAUCCCUCCUAUCAGCUGCCCAGAAAAUGAAAAGGGCCCAUUUCCUAAACAGCUGGUUCGGAUCAAAUCUAGCAGAGACAAAGAAGUUGAGGUUUUCUAUAGCAUCACUGGUGAAGGAGCUGACAAACCUCCUGUUGGCGUGUUUAUUAUUGAAAGAAAAACAGGAUGGCUUAUGGUGACCCAGCCUCUGGAUAGAGAGCACAUUGCCAAUUACACUCUCUUUUCUCAUGCUGUGUCUUCGAAUGGAGCGUCAGUUGAAGACCCAAUGGAGAUUGUGAUUAAGGUGACAGAUCAGAACGACAAUAAGCCCAUAUUCACCCAGCAGGUCUUUGAAGGGUCUGUUGUGGAAGGCGCUGUCCCAGGAACCUCCGUGAUGCAGGUCACAGCUACAGAUGCAGAUGAUGACGUGAAUACUUUCAACGCUGCCAUCCAGUAUAGCAUUGAAAACCAAGAGCCUACACUGCCUUAUGACAGCAUGUUCAGCAUCAACCCGGACACAGGAGUCAUUGGCGUGAUCGCUACUGGACUGGACCGAGAGAGUGUUCCCAAGUAUACACUGGUGGUUAAAGCUACUGACCUUCAAGGUACUGGCUUAAGCACAUCAGCAACAGCUGUGAUCACAGUCACUGACUCCAACGACAAUGCUCCCAUCUUCAAUCCAACCAUGUACGUAGGUAAGGUUCCUGAGAACGAGGCUGAUAAGACAAUUACCACCCUCACGGUGACUGAUGCUGACGUCCCCAACACCCCAGCAUGGGAAGCCAAGUAUUAUGUAGUAAAUGAUCAGGAGAAGCAAUUCGUUGUCAUCACAGAUCCAGUAACUAACGAAGGCAUUUUGAAAACAGCUAAGGGCUUAGAUUUUGAGGCCAAGCAGCAGUACAUUCUAUACGUGGCAGUGGAGAAUGUGUCCCCCUUUGUGGUCACUCUUCCCACCUCCACAGCCACGGUGACUGUAGACGUGCUAGAUGUGAAUGAAGCGCCUAUUUUCAUGCCUGCUGUCAAGAGAGUGGAAGUGCCUGAAGAUUUUGGUGUGGGCCGGGAAAUUGCAUCUUACACUGCCCGGGAACCAGACACGUUUAUGAAUCAGAAGAUAACGUAUCGGAUUUGGAGAGACGCUGCUGACUGGCUGGCGAUUGAUUCGGAGACCGGGGCCAUUACCACUCGGGCUGAGUUAGACAGAGAGGACGUGGACCAUGUGAAGAACAGCACAUACACAGCCCUCAUCAUAGCUUUUGAUGAUGGUUCUCCAGUUGCUACUGGCACAGGAACUCUUCUCUUAACCCUCUCUGACGUGAAUGACAAUGGCCCCAUACCAGACUCUCGAAAUAUGGACUUCUGUCAAAGGGACCCACAGCCUCAUACCAUAAAGAUAAUUGAUCCAGAUCUUCCUCCCAAUACUUCUCCCUUCACAGCAGAAUUAACGCAUGGAGCAAGUGUGAAUUGGUCCAUUGAGUACAAAGAUGCAGCGCGAGAAUCUCUCCUUUUAAAGCCAAAAGUUCCUUUAGAGUUGGGUGACUACAAAAUAAAUCUCAAGCUCAUGGAUAACCAGAACAAAGACCAAGUGACCACCUUAGAUAUCCUUGUGUGUGACUGCAAAGGUGCUGUCAACAACUGUAAGAGGACUUCACCACUUGCCGAAGCAGGAUUGCAAGUUCCUGCUAUUCUGGGAAUUCUUGGAGGAAUCCUUGCUUUUUUAAUCCUGCUUCUGCUGCUCCUUCUGUUUGUUCAGAGAAAAAGAGUUGUCAAGGAGCCCUUACUGCCCCCUGAGGAUGAUACUCGGGACAAUGUGUAUUACUAUGAUGAAGAAGGAGGUGGAGAAGAGGACCAGGACUUUGACUUGAGCCAGUUGCACAGGGGCUUGGAUGCUCGACCUGAAGUGACUCGCAAUGAUGUGGCACCAACCCUCAUGAGCAUGCCCCAGUAUCGUCCCCGCCCUGCCAAUCCUGAUGAAAUUGGAAAUUUUAUUGUUGAGAACUUGAAGGCGGCGGAUAGUGACCCUACUGCUCCCCCUUACGACUCUCUGCUGGUGUUUGACUAUGAAGGAAGUGGUUCUGAAGCUGCCAGUCUGAGCUCCCUGAACUCCUCGGAAUCAGACCAAGACCAGGACUAUGACUACUUGAACGAGUGGGGCAAUCGCUUCAAGAAGUUGGCAGAUAUGUAUGGAGGUGGUGAGGAUGACUAG